GUAUUUUUGUAUAGUACAUGGUUGCAUACCUUUCUCUCUCACUCCCGCUCUAACCAAAAUCUCUGUCGAUGCAAUGUUUACAAUCCUUUUCUCACUCUCAUUUAUUAUUAUUAUUGCUAAACCCUAAAAUCGCCACCACCGCAUCACUAAUUAUUUCACACCCCCUUUCCCAACUAUUCACACCUCCCAAUUCUUUUUCAUUCUUCUCACCGUUCCAGAUUCUCUCUUUCCAUUUUUGAACCUUCAACCUGCAUUGGAGCUUCAACAUAACUCACACAGAAUCUUGAUUUUCAACUCCCUCCCACAAAUUUCAGCUCCAGUGUUCAUUUUCACUCCAAAAAACAGUGUUCUGUGUUUGGAUUGUUUUGAAUGGUUGAAAAUUGGUGAAUCUUGUUUAGGGAAGUGGAAAUGAUGAAGGAGGGGUUUGUUGUUAUGAAUGGUGGUGAAAAGGUUUUUGCGAAUGGUGUUAAGGAUGAUGAUGAGAGUCUUGGUGAGCACAUACUUGAGGAAAUGGAGUCAUUUUUUGAUGAUAUUGAUGAACGGUUGAUUAUUUCUAGGAUGGUGAGUGAUUCUGUUAUAAAGGGUAUGGUUAAUGCUGUUGAGGAACAGGCGGCUGAGAAAAUUGCGCAAAAAGAAUCGGAGGUUGUUGGGUUGAAGAAAAAGCUAAGAAGUUUAUGUGUUGGUUCGGAUGAAGCUAAAAUGAUGUGGUCUUCAGUGCGUUGUAAUGAAACCCAUGAAGGUGGUAAGCGUCAUUUUUUAGACGGUGUUAUGGAGACAGAUAGAGUUGUGAAGCCUGUGGGUAGUCUUAAAUUUGAGAUACAUGAGCAGUUGAGCCAACUCAAAAAGGAAAUAAAUAAAAUUAGAGGACUUAGUUCCACAAGAAGAUUUAGUUCGGGUUCGGAUUUGGUUGGUUUAGGUGGUAUUCUGCAGGAGAAUGUGCCGGAAAGAUGGAUUUAUGUCGAUAAAGCUUUUGAAAGUCUGAAAGAUACUAUGGAUUCUUUAUCCAGAAGGAUAGAAAUUACGGAUCAGUUAUCGAAGGCAACAACACUUUCUGAUUGGCAGGAGGAGCAGGAGUUUCGUUUGGAAAUUGAGCGGAAGGUAAUUCGCAAUUGUAUCCGGAGUUUGCAGCAGGAGAUUGAACGAAAAUUAUGCGACGUUUGUGAAUCUGAAAGUCGAAUUAGUUUUAACCAAUAUAAAGAGAUCUCAAGUUUGCGUCAGGAUUUGGAUUCAAUUUUUAGAACACUGUCUGUUUUCGAAACUGGGACGCUUAUUUCUCAUGGAUCCUUGGAGCAUACCGAUGAUUGGUGUCAUAAUAAGAGAGCUGACCAUGUCCACUUGAAGCUUUCAACAGACCUUUUGACGGUUUCAACUUUGGAAGAAAAUGGGAAACACGAGGAUUCAAAGAUCAGCAAGCCUGAUAGUUUGGAUUCUGGCUCACUAAAGGACAUGUCUAAAGAUGAUUUGAUUACUUAUAUAACUAAGAUGAGAAGAAACCAUGAAUCUCAAGUGCAAGAGAAGACCGAAGAAAACUUUUGUCUUAGGCGGGAACUAUUGAAUCUGAAAGAAAGAGGUUCUUCCUUUUCAUUGAAGAAAGACAAGGACUUUGAUUUGUUGAAGAAAAAAAUCCCUGAUGCCAUCUCAAAAUUGAAUGAAGUCCUCGAUGGAAAUGAGAAAUUGCGUCAAUUCAGCGAGAACAUUGAAUCUCUUUGCAGUUUCAAAGAUAGAUUGGAUUUCUUACAAUCUGAGAAUUAUCAACUGAAGGACAUGCUAACUGAUAAGAAUAAGGAAAUUAAGAGUCUAUCUUCUCAGCUUUCUGCUGCUAUGGAAAAAUUGUCACAGCAACAACUGACUGAGGAAAAUUUGUUACAAUCUGUUCAGAAGCUUGAGGAUGAUGUUGGAGAUGCACAUGUUGAAGCUUCGGUUAUUCAAGACGUGUAUAAAUGUCUCUUUAAAGAUAUGGAAAGUGAAUGUAGAUUCAUUACUGAAGACUUGCAUCUCAAGUAUGGUUUUAUGCAAGAAAUAUAUGAAGUAAUGUUGAAAGAUACUGUUGACAGUGCUCAAGUUUCUAAUGGGUUGGAAAUAGAAGAAGAAAAUAUCGAGUCAAUUAUGAUUGAAGGGCUACUGGAUAUUAAUCAAAUUAUAUUCAAAGGAGCUUUGGUAGAUGCGGACGAAGCAUUAAAAUCCGAAGCUGUCGAGAACAAUAAACUAAAAUGUGAAAUACUUACGUUGAAAACAAUAGUGGCAGAAAAGGAUAAUUUAAUACAAGGGGCGACAGAUGCUUUGGAACAAGAAAAGCGGAAGAUGGAAUCUGCCUCUGAACAGCUCAACAGUUUAAGAACUAAGACAGAUCAUCAACAUAACUGGAUUCUGGAGAACAGUAAAGAGUUGGAUGUUACUAAGGGUAACCUGGAUGCAGCAGCAAAGGAAAUCGAACAAUACAAGGAGCAAAUGCUGAAGUUACAUCAAAAUCUUGAACAGAAAGUGCAUGAGCUUAGAGAAGUUGAUAAAGAAAGAAGAGAGCUUUGUGCUCUUACAAAAAAGCAACAAGAUACAUUGAAGUGUAUUGAGGCAAAAGAGAGAGAAACCAGGAAACAAAUGGAGUCAACCAUUAAUCUCAUCCGUAAAUUGUUGACAAUGGUUAACGAUGUAGAAGCUAGUGUAAAUGAAGAUAUUUCAAGAAAUCGUAUGAGGCUUGAAAGCAUGAGUUCUGAGUUCUGUUUCCUCAAGAACAAAGCCAGUGCACUUAAAACCAUGGGAUUGGUUUACAAGCAAAGGUUUGAAACAAAAAGUUCUGAUCUUGCAAAGGCUGAAGCAGAGGUUGAUCUUUUAGGGGACGAGGUAGAUACUCUUCUUAGACUCCUUGAAAGGAUAUAUGUUGCACUUGACCAUUAUUCACCUAUAUUGCAGCAUUACCCUGGGAUUAUCGAGAUUCUGGAGCUUGUAAGAAGAGAAUUAACUGGAGAGUCUAGAAAACUUGUUUAACCCUUAUGUUCUGGCCAGGUGAUGAGUUGUACAGCUAUUCACAUGAGUUACAUGCAGCUAGGGAUGUGUUGUUGCCGGUAUUUUCGUUCCCCGUAAAACAAAUUAUGAAGAAAACAACAACCGAAAGGAAUCAAGAGCUUAUGCAGCAGUUGCUAAUGCACCUUCCUUUUUGCCAUACACAAAUGCUUUAUACACUUAGUAGGAGACAGCCUUGUUUGUUUGGCUCUAGUAUACCAUGAAUUUGCUUUCACUCUUUGUAAUGCAUAGUUUUUUUUCCUUUUCUUUUUAUACUAGCAAUAGCAUCUGUAUAUGUUAAUUUUUUGGAAUGAGUUUUUUUUUUUUAGUUUUUAUUUAUAAUGUGAAAUGAGUUUUUUAAA